AUCCCAAAACAAACCGUCUGUCCAUUAAUUUUUUUCUCCUUUCCCAAUUUUGCUCUGCCAAAUUGCCACCUCUUCUCUUCUCUCCCCUCAGAGGAGAGAGAAGAAGAAGAAGAAGAAGAAAAAAAAAAAAAAGCACCAAAAAAUGGAAAGAAGCAUAUUUAUUUAUUUUCUUUCUUUUUUUCCCCUCUCUUGUAGAUAAAAAGAAAAAUUUAAAAAAACCCAAAUAAUCGAACUAUCUGUCACUCUCUCUCCUCUUAGGGUUUCCAUUUCCACCAUUGCAGCUCUUUCUUCACCUUUACUGACCUUUAGUUUCACUCACAUUGCAUCGGGAUCGGCGCAUUGUUUCGAGAACUGAUUCGAGUUCUUAAAUUUCUCCGAAUUUUUUUAGGGUUUUUGCGGGAUUCUUUUUUGUAUAGAUCGAGUGUAUAGAUUCGGAGCUGACCUUUUCUCUCGAUGGUAUGCUCACUUGGAAGUGGUAGAAUGGCCGUUAUGGCUAGACUUCUUGAAGCAGGAAGCAUCUCGCCGGCAGAGGAAGUUGGCAAUCAAAAAUUAGCUGCUCAAUACAUUUACAGAGAAUUACAUGGAGCAGAUGAGGCCAAUUUAAUUGAUGAAGAAGAUAUGCAUGUCUUUGGUUUGAAGCCUAUGGCUGAUCCUUUGCAUUUGGUAUGUUGUAAUGCUUGUAAGAAGCCGAUCAAGGCAAGUCAAUAUGCUGCUCAUGAAGAACUCUGUAGGUCAUUAAAAACCACCGAAGAAACUAUUUUGGAGCUUGAUGGUAGUACCGGGCAUAGGAAACCUCCAAGGAAGGAAAGGAAGAAGUCACUAGCUGCAUAUGCUAACCAACCUACACCAGUUGGGGAGCAGGAAAGAUCUGAAAUUAUUGAUGCUGAUGAUACUACAGCAUCAGAAUCCCACAUAAAUGGACAAAUUGGGAUGCCUUCUUCCUUAACCAUGGAUGCAAAAAGAAGUUCUGCUUGUGUAGAUACAGCAUAUGUGAUGGAUGGCUCAGGAGUUAGUUCUGAUAAUACAGACCACUCGACCUCUGUAGUGCCACCCUCAACAAAACGUUUUAAACUGGUAGCUGGUGACCGCCUUCUCCUGCCAGAUGGUCCAAAAACAGCUUCUGGUGUGGCAAAAAUUCAAAAUACACAUGACUUACAUGCCUCUAGAGAUUCUGAAAGAGGAAGAGUUUCAGGAUGUGAAACACCUAAUGAGAGGCAAGCCCAUAAAAACUGUUUGCUGACUAAAGAUAUUCCAGUUCCUCUUAGUACCAAAAUCUAUUACUCUCAAAGAAACAGUCGUCUUCGCUUAGCGCUUAGUCAUCAGUACUUUGUCACAUCAACCAAAGAACUUUUCAGUGACAUAGUUAGUCCACAAGCAUCACAGCAAAGCAUGAUGCUGUUGCAGGCUUCAUCUCAGGGCGUCUGUCCUCUUGAUCAGGUGGAUAAUCUGCUUAUUAUGAAGCAAGAGGCUUCUCUGCAAAAACCUGAUCAAAUUCUUGCUCAAAGUUCAGAAGUAUGCUUGACUAAAUCAGUAGGGUGCCUGCCAUCCAAUGACUUUUCAAAUCAGCAUCCAAUUGAUAAUAUUCCAAGGCCUCAGGCGGCAGCUGUUGGAUUGGCACGAAGCAAAUAUAUUUCGAAGCCUUAUUCUUUUGCAGGCAACUCAGGCAAACUGCUGGGGCCCAUGCAGCCUCCAAAUGGGAGUGUUCCUGUUGUAUAGGAAGUCCUGGUUGGAAUUUUGCUAGGCAAAGGUGUAUUUAGCGAUACAUGAGGAUGAGAGUUAGGAUCCAUUUUUGAAAUCCUAGAAAGCAUAUAUCACUUCAAUUUGUUCAUUCUAGCCUUCUGAAUUACACUCUUGACAGCCGGCCAGCUAGCCCUCUGUUUAUAGUUUUGAAGGAAAUAAAAUAAAUAGUAAAUUAUCUGUAUUGUAUAGCUAAUGAAAGGUUGGUAGGAUUGUGACAA